AGUCGAGUCCUGGCGCAGGCGGAAGUUGUCAAAACUCUACGGUGUUGGAGCAUCGACUGUUCAAAACAGUGCAUUAUUUUGAAGCUAUGAGCCGUAAAAGAAACCACAGUUUUAUUGAAACGGGGCAGUUGUCUGACUCCCAGGCAGCACUGAUGGACAGCACGGGGUCCUCUGUCCGAGCGGAGGAGAGUCUGUGUGAGCUGGAGCUCGAUGAGGAGCUGGUGUGUUCAGUGAGCGAGAUCACCGAGCACCUCGGCAGGAACAUCACCGUGGCGCUGGAGGAGGCCCUGUCCGAAAUCCGCAAAGUGGUGAGCGCACGGACCAGGCUCCUGAAAAUAGAGCUGAGGGAGAAGACAGAUGAAAUCGAGCUUCUCAAAGCCCGGCUUGAGUGUGUCUCCAGCGAGCCGGCCAGGAAAUCCGAAUUCCUCCAUGCGCCGCCGAGGAGCAACAACACGGAACCCAAGAAAGCUAAAGCGGCAGCUCCUACUGUCAAAAAGGAGAAUAUUGACGCCAUCUGCGAUUACUUAAUGAAAGACAAAAACUCUCGCGGAGCUGCUGAUGUGGAGGGCGAGCGGCAUCAUCAUCAUCAUCAUCAGCAUCAUCAGCAACAGCAGCAGCAGAAUCAGGCCUCACUCAGCCCCUGGACAGAGAGCGAGGACAUCUUCAGCAUGUUGCCCUCCGCCAGCAAGAGACUCUACGAUUAUGAGUGGAUGUCUGGAGUGGAGCUCAACUCCUCCUCUGAGUAUAAAGGUGACUCUGAGUCCAAAUGUGAGAAUGCCAUAGCUGCAAGAGCGACGGCUGAGGAAGAGUCUGAGGAAGGGAGAGGGAUGGGGCCGGUCUCUGACGAUUCUUCUGCACCGUUUGCUCUGGAUGCUCACGGCUCGCCCGACGAAGACAGCAGCCCAGUUGAGGAAAGCAUUGACCCGUUAGAUCCAGACCAGCAUUUCUCUGCCCCUACAUUCAUCUGCCCCUUCUGUGGAACCCUUUGCCCCGACUCAUCGUUCCUGGAGGAGCACAUGAAGCUAAUGCACCGGGAUGAGAGUGCUCAGGCUGUCCAAUCCGGCUCGUCUUCCAGCACAGGGCAGGGUGGCGAGGGAGAGCUGUGGCGGAAGGCGAGCUCUAGCGAAUCCCAAGCUCGUGAGAAGAAGGUGGAAGGUGGAUACGAGUGCGGGGACUGCGGCCGGCGCUUUAACUACCUGGGCAACCUGCGACAGCAUCGGCGCAUCCACACAGGCGAAAAGCCGUUUGUGUGCUCAGAAUGUGGCGAGAGAUUCCGGCACGCUGCUCGCCUUAAGAGUCACCGGCUCAGUCACAGCGGUGCGCAGAGCCCCUUCCCGUGUCCGCAGUGCGGUAAAGGCUUCCCCGUUCUCUCCGGUCUAAAACGCCACCAACGUGUGCACACGGGCGAAAGCCCUUACGCCUGCCCUCAGUGCGGCCGGCGUUUCAAAGAGCUCGGCAACCUGUACACACACAUGCGUAUUCACAGCGGCGCCACUCCCUAUACCUGCUACCAGUGUGGCCGGAGCUUCCGACAUUUAGGGACUUACAAAAGCCAUCGCUGCACCCCCAUCACACAGGUACCGAGUGCACACGGUCCAGCGUGGCCUCAAGAGGACAAAGUCCAAACUGGAUAAAUAGAAUUCCGCUGGCUUGUUAACUAAGGCAAUGUUGUGCUAGGUUUCUUCAGCAGACGGUCAAGAAAUCUUUUAACCUCAGCGCGGAAGAUGCUGAACAUUAUGGACAGACAUAGGACGCUUAAAAAAAAAAAAGGAAAGAAAGACAACCCAUUUCUGAUUCAGAUAUGCCGGAAACCCUCAGUAGGACAGAUAAUGUAAAGAACCUGAUUUUUUUCCGGUCCUAAGACCGAAAAGAACUUGGAGACAACUUGAAGGAGCAGAAAUUAGCACAUUGAUGCAUUAACCCAGGUUUGUUUCCAUACCGAUGAGCAUGCGUGUUGGUUUGUGAGAAUAAUAGUGCUAAACAGCUGUUAAAUAUUAUUUUUAUUAUUUUUUUUGUAGUUCUUUUAUUUCACAAGGUUUUUUUUUGUUUUUUUUGCGCAAUCAGCCUGAGUUUAAAUGCAUCUGAGCCUUCUGUGCUUUCCACACUCUGGUGGUAAGAGCAGUGCUGCUGUUGCCCUCUGGAUGACGUGUUACUGUAUCAACUGCUUCUGUAGUUGUAUAGGGAAAAUCCUAAACGGCCUCUUUGUGUUCUAGUUUACUACUUUAUCACAUAAUUGACACUAUUAACACACUGUUUCUUUGGAUUUGUUUAAAUAUGUCCACACUUUUAAUAUCCACACAGUCUAAAAUGGGCAAAAAUGAUAGAAAGCAUAACCUUGCUUUUGGUUUUCUUUUCGGAAAAGCACUAUUUGGACAAAAGUAUUCAGACACCUGACUUCUGUAUACAGAUUUUAACUUAUGCCCUCAGUCCGCCUCACACUACAUCAGAACCUGACUUUACUAACACCCUCGUGGCUGAAUGAGCACAUAUCCCCACAACCACACUUCCCAGAAGAGUGGAGUUUAUUUUAACAGCAAAUAGAGACUAAAUGUGGAAUGGGAUGUUCAAAAAUCAUGCAUGAAGCUUAUGAUCACAUGUCCUUAAACUAUUGUCCAUAUAGUGAAUAAAGACUGUUGUCUAGGUUUUUUUACACGAAAAAAAAUGUCAACGAUUAAGUUAUUGUGAAAUCAUUGCAUCUUAGGACUUUUCAUUGUACAUGAUACCCAAUGUAUAAUCAGUAAAACAUGAAAAAAGAAUGUAUGACUGUUAGAUGAGGUGAUGCAAACUGUCCGUGAUCAAAUACCAAUGGACUGGGCCUUACCAGUUACUGCCAACCUAGUUGUAAACUUAAUUAAUAAACAUUAUAUGAUCUGAAA